AUGGUCGGCGUUUGGGACCACAGGACCUGCGACGGCAUAAACACGACCUUCAUCUGCGACGAGCGCAGCAACAACUGCACGCUGGGGAUGGGCAGCGGCCAGCCAAGCAGGCGAGAGAGCCUCAGGAUCGCCUCGAGGAAGGCGGGAGAAGAGAGGCCAGGGGAGCUGCACUGGCAAGCGACGCCUUCUUCCCCUUCGGUGAGAGGCACCGCUAUCUAUCUCUUCUCCUAUGAAGGCGUGCCACAGCGGCAUCGGGAUCAUCUCUCAGCCGCGGGGAAGCAAGAGGGAGAAGAAAGCCGUCUCGUGCUGCAACAAGUACGGCGUGCCGCUCGUCUUCGCCGGCGCGCGGCACUUCCGGCAUUAGCGCCGCCGUGUUCAUGGCGUUACGGAAAUGCAGUUGAGCGUGUGCAUGCUCAGCUGAGCUUAUCUCAGCCACAGGCAUGCGGUUUAUGGAUAUGGGAGGGUGUGCUUAACGUUUACGCAGGUGAGGUAGUGGAAUAUUUGCAAUUGGAGGGUCGCAAGUCCAAGGACGUGCCGAAACUUAAUUGUGGCUGUGGAAGACCUUUUGCUUCCCUUGGCACCCAAACCCCCAACCAGAGCAGAUGGCUACAUUGCAAGCAGAAGGACCAUCAAGCUCCACAGUCGCGAACAAAUGUUCGAACAACUCCUUUGAAAACGUCAGCAACUGAAACGGCCACACCUGCAAAGUCAUGCAAACCAACCCUUGGAAAUGAUCCACGCAACCAAACCCUUGAAAAUGAUCUACUGGCAUCAUCAAGGGGAGCUCCAGCUCCAGCAGCAACAAAUCCAGCUCCUCCACCUCCACCAGGAACAACUACAACACCAGAUCCAGCAGCAACAACUACAACACCAGACUUUUGUUCAUAUCUUAGGCAUAAAUACCCUGACCAUCUUCACAGCCGUAUAAUUGACGCAUUGAAGUACCACAAUGCAAGGUGCAUCCAGCAUGCUACCAAGUGUAAGAACACUCUAACUGCAGCCAUUGUGAGAGAGAAUAUGGUGCUCGCUGACAAGUGCAUGGAGCAUUACGGCGGAAAAGGUGUUACGAGAACUGCAGCAGGGCAGAAAAUGAAUUGCAAUGAACGCCGCAGGACAUAUGAAGACCUGCUCAGUGGCCCUGAGUCAGGCAAUGAAGCUGAGAAGACAGGUCACCGAGCAAGGCACCAGAAACAUUCCACUGCACCUGCAAUGUGCAGCUCUGGUUCAAAAAACAACUGCUUUUUCUGUGCCAGUGGUAACCGUCAGAUGGCUUUUUGGCGGCCGAGAUCGUUCCGUGGGAGUUAAGGGACGCAAGUUUUACGCCUAAUAUCCACGACGGCGUCGAGUGGGCCUUGCGCCGGCUCCCGGCGACCUUGACGGCGCCCCGCGUCGCCGUCUUCACCUGCGACGCUGUGCUUCCUCCACGGCCGCUGCCGCCGAUGUGCAAGCCGCCGCCUGCCGCCGGUUCCUCCCAUGUACCGUGUCUCCGCUUGCUUGACGGGCCCUUCCUGGUCGUCUCUUUCGAUCUGGUUGCCCCAGGUCGGAGCGACGUAGCAGUAGUAGCUGCAGCCUAGCGUUGCAGGUUUCUGGCGCAGUCUGAAUCCCUGAUGCUAGGGAUGCAGGCUAUCACAUGCGUCUGAUGAAUAGGCUUCGUUUGGUGAGCCGCUGAGCUUGCAGGGAACGUGUCUGCUUCAUGCUUCAGCCAGUGAGUGUCAAUUCUCCCAUGCGAAAAAAUUUGUGGUUAUUGCUGCUGAUUACCUGAGACUGGAGGGCAUGUGCCAACUUCUAAAUGUUUAAAGUUCAGAUAGAAAGAGGUUGGCAGCCCUAACGAACACCUACAUCACUAUGCUCGCUGCCAAGAAACGUGUGAUCCAUCCUUUUCCACGUUUCAGCCUCCCUGCUUCAGAUGAGAGCAGGUUUUGUUUGGUGAGCUGCCGCCCGAAAGGAAUGUUUUUUUCUUCAGCACUCAGCAGACAGGCAUCAGCAUGGCUGAUGGCCACUACCAUUGCUGUCAA